AUGAGUAAUACCAAUACGACCGGGGAGGACCCCAACAGGCCCGGAAAUGGAGAGCAACCAGAGAACCCAUUGUUGGUAUACAAUGUUAACAGACCGGGUGCAGUUCGUGGGCGGCCAAGUGGAGCUGAGGCCCCUCCACAAGGGCCUCCCCCUACUGGGAAUGUCUUCCACUUCGGCCAGCCUCCGCAGCCUAUGCCUUACAAUGGGCCGGCACUACAACAGCAACAGCAGCAGCAGCAGCCGCAGGAGGCCGAUGUGGCAUCUCAGAUUCGAGAUCGCUUACGUGCGGCUUUCGGGUUUGGUAACCAGCCGACUACUGGACAGGCUCAUAGCAAUGGUUGGCAAUGGAAUACGUGGGACUGUGGUCGGUCCACCAAGACCGCAAUUUGGUCCACCAUCGGGCUCUUGGUCUUCUUUGUGCUCUUCUGGGUCUUCUUCACUGCAACUCUGGAGGUCAAUGAAGUAGGCAUACUGCGCAAUAUGAUAACAGGUUCGGUGCCUGAGGACGGCGGCGUCUAUCGAGGCGGCCGGCAUGUGGUAUGGCCUUUCCAAACCUUUGUUAAGUUCCCAGCUACUUAUACUACCAUCGACUUCACUGGGCCGAUGACUGUCAAAACAAGGACUGGUGCUGACAAGUCGGACCCUGAUAGUGGUGGACAACCAAUCACGAUAUCCUGCUCUCUACAAUUCCAAUUUGAUCUGGAGCACCUUCAUGACGUCUACGUGUCCUUUGGCGGCCUAGAACCAGCUAUGAUUCGGUACCGUUUGUUGGCAAGGAACGCCGUGUCUAAUACGGCUCAGAGGAUGGAGGGCGAGUGGUACUGCAGGUUCGUACCGCAAGACUUCUGGCAAGACCGUAAGAGGAUAUCUGAUACGAUGGAGAGUGUGUUGAAUAGGACCUUCAUUAGUCAAGGUGGCGGCAGCAAGAUCCGAUUCUUCCAGAUCCUCCGUACUGACUUCGUACCUAGUUAUGAAGACACUAUUACAGACAUACAGGUAGCCGAGCAGCAGAAGGUUAUCAACGAGUACGCUCAGGAGGUGGCGGCAGUCAGACAGAGUAUCGAAGUGCUGUUGGCGCAGAAUGAGGCUCGUAUAGCAAAUAUUACGGCAACAGGGGCGGCCAAGGCGAGAGUUAUCGUCGCGGAAGCCACACAAGAGGCAUUCAGAACGAAGCAGGCUACGAAGGCAACGGCGUAUAAACGCUUGUCGGACCAACUGCAGUUGGGCGCAACAGAAUUUUCCAAGUAUCUCGAGUUGAAGAGUGCUACUGGCAAUAGACGUGGAGGGUCGGUGGUGAUGGGUCUGGGCUCGUCUCCAGUACAGCGUGGCCGACCUGUUCAUGAUGAACUGUGA